AUGACCGUCACAGCCGCCGCCAAAACCAAAUCCUCCAAGAGGUCAUCGCCCCGAGCCGCCGACGCUUCUCCCCUCAUCCCAUCCUCGUUUUCCGCUGCCGCUGUCGCUGCCGCUCCCGCCUCCACUACUCCCUCGUCCUCGAAACCGACCGCUCAAAGGCUCCUCCGCAAACCCUCCCUCGUCAAGCAGCCUCUCGUCCCCCUCGCAGAGGCCCGCCACUACCAUCAUGAGCGAUCUGUCUCUCGCGCCGGCGCAAGGGAGACUGAGUCGGAAAAGUGGGAUGCCAAUUGGGACAAUCCUUCGGCGGCCCGCGACGGACGCCAAUUCACCGUUUCCAAUGUGGGGAAUAAUGGUCGCAUCUAUCUGAGACCCUCGAUUCGUCGAAACUAUUCCACAUCAAAGACGCAGCAGUCCUACAACCUGCCCAGCACUCCUCCGCAGUCCUUUGAGACCCCGCCAGCAUCCUCGAAUCCGGGUCGCAUUCCCAUAAAAACCCCCAAUGCCGUUGCCAUGUCAUGGGCAACUGUCCCCCAAGACUCUCCCAUCACCGGUAGCAUGGCGAGUCUUCCCGGCUCGCGCGCCGCCAGCCGACAGGGACAUCGCCGCCGCGCCCUCUCCGACAGCACCAUUGACGAAGUAACUGCUCCCAGGACGGCCGAUUCCGCUGCCGCCUUGGCUCCUCCCAAGACUCCCGUCUUCGACAAUCGCCCCCGCACAAUGGACAAUCUCCCCGUCAGCGAGCCGCUCCUCAACAUCAACAUACCCAACUGGCGACUCGGCACCCCUCGCUUUUCUACGCGUGGCACUGCCCUCAUUCGAGGCUCGUCUUACGCCCCAACCGAGGAAUUGCGCUCCAGUUCCGUUUCUGGCCUCAACUCGCUGCCGCGCAGCCAUCAGUCUACCGGGGAGUUUACAUGGAACAAGCCAACAGGGACCUUUCUGUCACGAGACGACAUCACUGCCCAUGCUGCGCCUAGGAGCCCCGGUCGUCCACCAUCGUCACUGAGGCUACGUGCUAUGCAACCCGGCCAUCUCACCCAUCUCAUCAUUGAACCCGACAUGUUCACCGACCUCACCUUUCGCCCUGCAUGCGAUGAUCGCCGCCUCGUUCGCUAUACUCCUACAACAGGCGCUGUUGCCGCCGCUACACCACCACGACUUGUUGCCGAAAUCACCUCGCCAAGCUUCCUCGACUAUGAACUCAUAUCUGACUUCUUUCUCACCUAUCGAUCUUUUCUGGACUCACUCCAUCUCUUGCGCAUGUUGUUUGCGAGAAUGCGCUGGGCAUUAGCUCGCCAAGACGAAGUCGGCAUGAUUGUUCGCGUCCGCACUUUUGUCGCCGCUCGACAUUGGAUUCUCAACUACUUCACUGACGAUUUCCUCCUCAAUUACGACCUUCGAAACGAAUUUUGCCAUUUACUCAACGGCGUAGUCGAUGAUCUCUCCGACAAUGUGCAGACUAGGACUGCUCAGCUCAGAGUCAUUGCCGAGCUGAAAAAGUGUUGGCGGAGGGUCUGCGCUCACUACUGGGAUGGACCCAACUUUGACGACGCGCUUGGUGUCGGAGUAGCAGUUGCGCCUGGCGGCGUUGCCGGCCACAGAGAUCCGACCUUGACUCCGUCGUACUGGGAAGCUGUCGGAGGCCAGCCACAACUCUCCUCAUCUCUGACCAAGCACCAAGGCCCUGACGUGGGUUUCUCCACCGACCCCAACAAAACCCCCAAGAUUGGCGACUUCGUCGUCUUUGGUGAUCGACCACUGACGCCUGAAUAUAUCGCCAUGGACUUGGCGCGUGCGCAAGUAGGAUCGGUCUCCAGCUUGGAUAGCGCGGAUGUCAUCUCCUGCCCGUUUCCCGGCAAGGUACGGAAAGGCAUGCCGUCCUAUCCCAAUCACCAGUGGACUGCCCAUCCUCACCCAGUGCCAGUGACGGCCCAAACACAACACUCCGGAGUUGCUUCAGUCCCUCCUCGAGUUCUAGUCAGCAAAAAGGCCCGCCCCUGCCAUUCACACAAACGCAGCAACAGUGUUAACGACUCACUCCGCGAACACCUCUCUGAGAGGCCUUCAAACGAUGUCGACUUUCCCACAAUCCUGCCAUCUGCCGGUAGUCUAGUUCGUGGCAAUUUUCUCCCUCCAGGUCAGGCUUUUGUGGAUAUCUCGGCCCAAGAUCGCGGCGGCAUGGCUCAUCGUCAAACGACCAUCUUCACACCCACGUCUCGACGCAUGGUCAAGGACAAGCCCUUUCACGGCGCCAUGUCUGGCAUCGGCAUGCGGAAGCUUCUCGCCAGCGUGAGACGCGCACUGAGCGCGCGCGGACAGGUCACCGCCCCAACGCAGGCCAACUUGACGCGCAUCUCGCCUGUAGGGCCUCGUGAUGUGGCCUCGAGCCGACUGCCUGGUACAGCUGUGGUUCCCCAGGAAGAAGCACAGCAUUACAGUGGUCGGCCAGCAGUCCGCAUUGAUCUGUUGGGUGCUGAAGUUGCCGAGGACUUCAAAAAGGCAGUGCGUGAAGAGCAGGCAGAAGUUCUCAUACCUCCCGGUCCUGUAUCGGCCCCUCUGCCGGACAAGCCGUGUGGUCUCUUCCGUUUCAGCGGCUUGCCUCCCUUUGAGCAUCACCGCCCGACCAGCGAUAUGGGUAUUACCACGGGCAGCAAGUCGAUUGUCAUUGUCGACGACACUUUUCCAUUCGAAAUGCAUCGCAGCACGAUGCUCCGGUGCAACGAUGGACACCUGGUCGAGACUCCCGAUUCGUUUCAGCCUGCCACUUCUGAUCCCACGCCACCGAAUACACCACCCAACGUCGAUCACGAUAUUCCUCGCCGAUCGUCCUAUCUCGUCCACCCUCAGUCGGUGCAAAGCCCCGACGUACUACCUCCGUUUAUUCCAGAUCUCUCAACACUUCGAGAUGAAUCUUCUCAAACGUCGGAAGGAAUUUGUAGGCCUUCCUUCACCUCAUCUCGCCAAAGUCGACGCUACCCACCUCCUAGUGGUGGCACUUUUCGGAUGCACAGGCGCACUCGCUCUGCCAAGACACAUCAAUCUCUCAACUCUGUACUGCAACGUCGUCACAGCUCCAUUGGUAGCGGCACAAUGCCUCCGGCGACUGUUCUCAGCCUGGAUGCUGCCACUCUUUCUGACACUUCUGUGCGCGAUUCAGAAAUCUCAGUACCCGAGCCUCUUCGUGUACUUCGCCGCCGUCCUGGCGGAGACCUACGUGCCGCUACUAGAAUUGAGGACCUACAAAACAGCCCUCUUAGACGGUCGCGAUCGGUCGGUUCCAUUGCCACGUACUCUGAGUCUGUCCGCAGCAUGAGCUUUUUGGGGGGAGUCCCUGAGUCGAGUUUGGAUGCUGAAUGCGAUUACGACGACUACCAUGUAGGGCGCCAGGAAGUCUUUUCUGUCGGUCAACUAACGAAACAGCAGCCUGAAAAGGCAAAGAUGCUCUCACUUUUCAGCACGCACUCCUCAUCCAAGCCGCCAGCGCGACCCUCGUUCGAAGCCGAGGCUCGACGGCUCGCCCAGAUUCCAGAUGACGAAGACGAUGGCGGCAUUGAGUCGGCGCUGCUCAAAUUGGAGGGCAAGUUCAACCGGGGCUCCAAAGGGAGCGCAGGACAGGCGCAAGAAGAAGUUGACAUGGAGAAGCUUGGCCGUGCUCUUCAGUUUCUCGGCGGCGCUCCAGCAAGCAGUACACUCAGCAGACGUCAAGCAUCCAGCAACUCAAAUGCUUCGAGCUUGGGCCGCGACGCAACCGAAGAUUUGUCUCUGCCUCAAAGCGAGGUCACUGGGGUGCACUCAUUCCUCUCCGAGGCGUCGAUGGACUCGUACAACUCUAUUCCACUACUGGAUAGGGGGUUGACCGACUACGGUGGCAGCGUAAGACUCAGCCGUGGCUGGGCGGAGAAGUCUGUUCUCUGUGAUUCAGAAGAUCUAUCCACAGUCGCCAGCACCGAGGCUCCCAAUACUUUAUUGCUGAAUGAUGCCGCAUCUGCUGAUGAGCAAGCUCAAGCCUCCGAGGAUCAAAGCUACGACGUGGUGGAAAAGACAGACAGCAUGGAAAGAAUCAUGCCUGGACACACGCAGCCCAUUCCUCGUGACCAUCAGUCUUUUCUUGAAGAUGACAGCUACGCCAAUUCUGAUAUCUCUUCUGAAAUGUCGACGCGGGAACCAACGCCAGCACAAAUGAAUGACAGUUUCCUUCGCCCGAGACGCAAGCUACCACCCCAUCCUCUGGGCGAGUCCAUCGCAGACUCUAUGAUGAAGCCUGUCUCGCCUCCUCUCUCCACGCCCCGACAGCUGGCAUCGCCUGCAUUCAAGUCUACCGAAGCCAUGUAUGCGUCCCGGCCCCUUCCUCCGACGCCUGAUGCCACACCCACGGUACCCUUUACGCAGACUCUCCCCGGCUCGCAAUCGUCGCCCAACGCGCUUGAGAUGCUUCGACCCGCGCAGCCCGAGGCCGGCUUCAAGAAAUUUUCCGUGCACCUGCCCUUUAUCCUCGCUUUCGACUCGGACAUUCUGGCGCAGCAGUUUACGCUAAUUGAAAAGGACGCGCUCAACGAGAUCGACUGGAAGGAGCUGAUUGAGAUGAAUUGGAAGAAUGCUACUAGCAGUGGUUCUCGUUCAUGGGUCGAUUUCCUGCGCAACAGUGACGCGCACGGCGUCGAGGUAGUGAUUGCACGGUUUAACAUCAUGGUUAAAUGGGCCAUUUCGGAAAUCGUGCUGACGCAGCACGUCGAGGAGCGCGCGCGCUGCCUCAUCAAGAUGAUUCAUGUGGCGGCGCACUGCCGCCGCUAUCGCAACUUUGCGACGCUCGCGCAGCUCACAAUAGCAUUGUCGAGCAAUGACGUGACGCGCCUGUCACGAACGUGGGCGCUGGUGCCGCCGCACGACCUCCGCACCCUGGCCGAGCUGGAGGCACUGGUGACGCCGACGCGUAAUUUCCUAAACCUCCGCGCGGAGAUGGAGGUGGGCACCGACACGGGCUGCAUCCCGUUUGUGGGCAUCUACACGCACGACUUGUUGUACAAUGCUCAAAGGCCGUCUGAGGUGGCGGCCGCGCCCGAUGCGCUCCCGCUCGUCAACUUUGAGCGCUGCCGCAUCGCAGCGGCCGUGGUCAAGGUCCUCCUGCGGCUAUUGGAGUCCAGCACGCGCUACACGUUUCGACCCAUCGAGGGCAUCACGGAGCGUUGUCUUUGGGUGGGCGCGCUCAGCGACGAGGAGAUCCGCAGUCAUUCAGAAGCACUGGAAGCUUAA